AUGCAACAUAGUACCGUCGUUCCACAGGUAAAAAUAUCUGAUCAACCAUUUUUGGUAACAAAUACUGAUCAACUUAAUAAAAUAGAAUGGACAAUGCUUGGUACAACUGCAAGUGAAACAAUAUAUUGCGUCUCUGAACAUCCUGUUAGUCAACUUCGUUUUGUAUGUGUUGAAUGUCUUCAAAAAAAUAUUACGGAUAUUGUUAAUGUAUUAAAUUCUGCUCAAGAUUUAACUAGAAAAUCUGGCUUUCCAACUAUUGCACUACAAAAUGUUCCAGCAAAAGCUAACUGGACAGGAGUUACUAUUGUAUGUCAGGCUGCCUUAAAUGGUGGAACGAUUGAUUCAGCACCAGCAGAGGUAAAUGUAAGGUAUAUUCGUCAACCACAUGUUGUUGAUAGAAAUGGUAUGGGACCUGUCUUAAUUGCAAAUCAAGGUUAUCGUUUUUAUGUUGAAUGUAUAAAAGGUCAGGAUGGGCAAUGCCAACAAACUGUCGGUAGAGGUAAAACUUUAAGAUGUGCCGUUCAAGCUCAUCCACCACCAACUAUAUAUAAAUGGUUUAAAAAUGGUAUUGAAAUAUCAGGUAAUAGUGCUGAGAUAACAAUUGGUGUAGAAAUGAUUAGACAAUCUAUUCAAUGUGCCGCCAAUAAUGGUCUUCAUAAUGAAAAUGAUAUGCCACAAUCACAAGCUGUACAAAUUGAUCCAUAUACAGCAGCCAGAGUUAUUCAAGAUAAUUUUCAAACUAUUCAAACAUCAAAUCCAUUUCAACCAGGAAAUAGAGUUGAUAUGAAUCAAGUUGUAAAUUUAGGUUGUCAAGUUGAAGGUAAUCCAAGGCCAAUAGUAUUUUGGAAACAACGUAAAAUUAAUGGUGAAAUAAUUGAUGCACCAUGUCCUCAAGGAUUUGAUGGUAAUUAUAAAGAAAUAUCAGGAGAGUCAGGUCGUGAUAUAACAUAUAAUAAUAAUGCAGUAAAACUUAAUGCUGUAUGUAAUUUACAUGUUUCAAAUUACUCAUUUUCUGGACAAUAUUGGUGUACUGCUUGUUCUUAUGUUUCUCAAGGUCCACCUGAAUGUUCACCAACAUCUGAUACACCGCCAACUAGUGUUUUAAAUAUUCAAGUUCAAGGACCACCAAUGAUUUCAGAACAACAACCAACUGUACAAAAGAGUCAAAAUGGUGAAGAUGUUGUUAUUACUGUUCAUUAUUGUUCAGAUCCAAUGCCACGUCCACCAAGAGAAGUUAUAUUUACAAUUGAUCAAAAUGAUAUACAAGUAGGGCAAUCAUGGCAAAAUUUUAGAUUUGAAGGUACAACACAAAAUAAUACAUUACCAAAUUGUUAUUUUGCUAAAUUACAAAUAAAUCCAAUUAGAGAAUCAGAUGAAAGAAGGCAAAUAAAAUUAAAUGUACAAAAUGGAUAUGGAAAAAUAGAAAUACCUGUACCAUUAGGUAUUUUAUUAGGAACAAAUAGUGGAUUUUCUAAUGGUUUAUCUGAUUGGAUAAUUGUUAUUAUAAUACUUUUAGCUUUAUGUCUUGGAACUUCAUUAAUUGUUCUUAUAUGUAUGAGACAAAAAUUAUUAUGUUUUGAUAAAUUAGAAGAUGUUGAAAACAAGUAUACUCGCGAUAAUAAACAGCAAAAUGAUUUUCGUAUACAACAUGAAUAUCCUGAUAACCAUUCAAUGCCACAUAAUCUUUUUGGAUCACAAACUGGUGAGGCUCUAUAUGAAGCAGCAGUCCAUGCCGCAUACAUUGAUUCCCGGAUAUCUUCAGUUUAA